AUGAAGAUAAGUUGCCAAUACUGUCUGAUUAGCAUAGUCUCGAACGAUGUUGAUCAUGCUAGAAUCCGAAAAACUAUGGCACAUGCAUUCUCUGAGACCGCCCUUCGAGAACAGGAACCGCUCCUGAAGGAGCACAUCACUCGAUUAAUCAAACAACUAUCUAGACGAGUUGGCCAGGGAGAACGCGUUGACAUAAAUGAGUGGUACAAUCUUAUUGCCUUCGACGUCGUUUCAGACCUCUCAUUCGGCGAAUCUCUAGAUGCAAUACAAGGGGGAACGCGACAUGAAUUCAUCGAAGGCUUCUUCUCUGCCUGCAGAUACCAGCCGUUUUUUGUGAUGGCACGGGAAUAUAGAUCAAUUGGGCUCCUGCUGAAGGCUAUGAUGAGCAUCCCAAGUUUCAAAAGAGUACAAGAAAUGGGCUACCAGUCGACGAAAGACAAAGUACUGCGACGCAUCGCGCUCAAGUCUGAUACUCGCAGAGAUUUCAUGACAUAUAUUCUACGCCACAACGACAAACGAGGAAUGUCGGAGUUUGAAAUCAUCGGCUCUACAUCUGUCCUUGUCAACGCAGGUGGCGACACAACAGCAGCAGCUUUAGCAGCAAUUACUUUCUACUUGCUUCGUGACCCGAGAGUCAUGAAACAAGCCCAGGAUGAAGUCCGUCGCUCCUUCACGAAUCGAGAGGCCAUCACCUCCACGACCCUGGGACAAAUCACGUAUCUCAAUGCAGUUAUCGAAGAGGCGUUUCGAAUCCAUCCUCCCACAGCAGGGAACUUUGCGCGAAGGACCGGCCCCGAGGGCGACAUUAUUGACGGCCACUUUGUUCCUCCUGAUGUUUCGGUUGGUAUCCAUCAGUGGGCUGCAACGCAUUUUGAUACCAAUUUCUGCGAUCCCGACAAGUUCGUCCCUGAGCGCUGGCUCCCUGAUGCGCCGGAGCGAUACAAGAACGAUAUAAAAGCUGCCUCGCAGCCGUGGUCCAUUGGCCCGCGCAAUUGCCUUGGGAGGAAUCUCGCCUACCUUGAGAUCCGUUCCGUCUUGGCGCAUAUCUUAUGGUCCUUCGAUAUGGAGCUACGCGAUGAGAGCCGCAAUUGGGCAACGAAUCAGCGUUUCGAUAUCGUUUGGGACAGGCCACCGCUGUAUGUUGAGUUGAAGGGUAUGCAGUGA